AUGACCUCGACCGCAGCGAAAACAAUGAGUACACAGGAAAGUAGAGCAGCAAAAGUUAACGCGAACAAACCAGUGACCUUUUCCAUCGGCGACACAACUAACCCAGCUACCGCGGCUGAUAGUAAAUACGCCACAAAAGCAAAAGCGGAACGCGCUGGCACAGUAAGCUUUGAUUUGCCCACCAGCAAGUCGGCUGCCGCACCCACAUCCGCAUACGCGCCAACUGACAUCGUCCAGCAGGUAUGCGGCAACUUUGGUCGCUGGCAGCUCCGCACCAUACUACUAAUCUUCCUCUGCAAAAUACCUUCUGCUUGGUUUAUGGCUUGUAUUAUUUACACCGCGCCCACGCCUCGAAAGGGCGACUACUUUUGUCGUCCGCCAGCUCAGAUGAAUGUCAGCGGUGCUGGUCCACAUGGCAGAGCUACAGCGCCGGCCUGGGUGCGCAUGCCUUCGCCGGUGUCUGAUGAACGUGGCACCGAUCGCCGCUUCUAUAUGGAUGCCUGUAAUAUUUAUGAGGAGCGCUUACAGCUCGAUUUCGCUGCCAAUCAUGCCAACUAUUCAAAUCCCUUCGAAGAGCCAAAUGUGGUACAAUUGCCGAACGGUUCGCUGAGCCUGACGGUGAAUGUGUUGCCUUGCGAUCACUUCGAGCACAAUUCCGAUUAUAUUUCGCUGGUGUCUCAGUUCGAUUUGGUUUGUUCACGCCAGUUGCUGAUCUCCAUGACGCAGUCCUUUCACGGCUUGGGCGCAUUUUUGGGCGCUCUACUUGUACAACACGCGCUCAAACACGUGAGUCCACAUUAUUUGAUGUUUGUCGGCAUGCUAUUUCAAAUAUUUUGCGGUUGCAUAACUGGUCUCGUCACAAAUUUUCAACUUCACAUUUAUUUCCGCUGCCUGACUUCGAUCGCUUGUACUGUUAUGAUGUCUGCCGGUCAGGUUAUAUUAAUGGACAUCACUGCUGGACGCGCUAAAACUAUUGUCACUACAUUGUCUGAGUUAUUCUGGGGUAUUGGAUUAAUUCUUCUACCUGGUAUUUCGAUAUUUUUCGAUAGUUGGAGUUACCUCUAUGUGGCCAUAUCUUCAUCUGUGGUUAUUUUAGUUUUCAUGCACAAAUGGAUAGCUGAUUCACCGCGCUGGCUACUACGCCACAAUAAGUUGGAUCGAGCAUUGAAACAACUAUUGAAUUCAGCCGCUUUCAAUAACCGCUCAAUACCAUUAGAUCUGGAUAGUAAAUUAGCUAGCUACGCCAAGCAGCUACAACAAAUGGAUGCGGAUGCGCCACGUUAUUGGUCAAUUUGGGACAAGAGCACCGAGCGCAAAUAUAUCUAUUGCAUGCACGGUGUUUGGGUGGGCGCUAUAAUCUUGCACAAUGUUAUGCUACUAAUGAUCAGAUCACUGGGCAUGGAGUACAUACACGUGAAUACGGCAUGCGUGGGCUUCUCUGAGAUACUCGGCAUUUUCCUGGGACUCUACUUUAUACUCUACACCAGACGUCGUUGGCUUUGGUGCGGCCAGCUGAUGAUCGUUGCAGGCACUGUCACCUACCUGAUCUGGCUCGUGCCGAGCUCAUUGAAAUCAAGUCGUCGCGUUGCUAUUGAAAUGCUCUUUUGGAUGUUUCUGAAGUUCGCGAAUGCCGUUACAUUUGCUGUGCUUGCAACGUGCACCGGUGAAAUUGUGUCGCCUGAAAAACGUGCUCUAUUGAUGUUCUCUGUGCUCAUACAUAGCCGCUUUUGGCUCAUCUUUGGUCCAUCUAUAUCCGUCACCAUGCAAAUACACAAUUUAAUUCCCAUCACUGUUCUAACUUCGUUGGCAUUGGCAACUGGUAUCUUACUUUGCUUUCUCGAUCGCUCGUUUCGGAAUACAGAACAGCCGCGUAUAGCGAAGGUGCCGACGCCGAACACAUAUCGUCGCAACUCUUCGUUGGAGCUACUGCGUCGUGCCUCCACUAGUACCGUUGGCAGUUCGAGUGGCUAUACAAAUUCGGGAUUUUAUGAGAAUGAUCUAACGAUAAGCAUAUCGGAUUUGUGGCUAGUAAAUACUCAAUUCGAGACAAUAAUGGAGCAGGAUGUUUCGGCAUCAGAAAGUGAGGCGACAGAAUGUGAGCAAAAAGUGGAAGAAAAGCCAAAAUGCUGA